UGGCAACAGGAUGACUUCGGAUUCGCGAGAUCAACAUUUUCGAGACUCAUUCUUAUGGCAAAUUGUGAGGAGUAAUAUGUUUCGCAUUUAAAAAUCAACAAAAUUCUGAUGGAAGCAGAUGUGGAUGCUGAAUUGCUUAAAACUUGCUGGGCACCUCUAGGCUUUAGAUUGGCUGGUCAACAUUGUGCCGCCAAAUUCCAUGUCAAGGCUGGGCACUUGCACACAAUGCUGACUGAUUACGAGAACAUAUACUAUGAAAUUGCUGAUUUCACGAAAAAAUUUUCGUCGCUGAAUGCCAAAUUAGGUGGCCCAGAAAAGAUAUUGUUAGAAAAAGUUCGCAAUAUGUUCAUGUCGUCGACAGCGAAAGUGUCGAAUGAAAAUAAGAAUGAUACUACGCUGGAAUUUGAUCUUGAAAUUGUUGCUGGGAAACGAGCUCUGAAAUGGCAUUUUUUCGGACAGCAUUUGGGUUCUAUGACUUAUAUCUUUUCGCACAUAACCCGGCCGCUGUUAAAUAUUCUAUCAGUUGUUGUUGGUGAAUGUGACUUGAGUUCAGUUAAGGUUCCUGUAUCCGGCAGCAGCUUUAGUGGUCUCUUUGGGAAACCUUCUGUGCAGAAACUCUAUGAAAUUGUGGCUACAGAAGCUAUGGUAGUGAAAAGCAUUGGCAGUACUUGUCGUGAUGAUGAAAAUCACGAAGAUAUAAACACAGGCAUUGAUGGCAGUAACCAUGUUGGCAAAAAUGGUGAUUCCCUUUCCGCAACACCACCUUCCACUUCGAUUUAUGAGGUAGUGAGUGAUAUAGACCAGGACAAGUUUAGGGAAAUUCGACUAAUGCAUACAUCGCCUCAAAAAAAGCCAAAAUUGAGAUUUUGAACUCAAAACCUGCUAAUCAAAUGUAAGUAGGAUAUUUUGCCAUCUUCAUAUCGUUAUAUCAUUUUAUUACUAACCGUACUUGCAAUACAAAGAUUGAUAUAAAAAUCUUUUAGAAUAAGUUUGUGCAAGAUUUACAAUUGUAUUUCAUUAUUUUAUUUGUUUGUCGUUGUUUAUAUAGCAAAUUUCCAAAAUUAUGACUUUCAACUGCAUUUGUAAACAGUACUGUUGCACCUCUAUCUUUUUAUAUACUUUUGCAUUGUAUCUAAUACUUGAUACUUUGCUUCCUGGGGCAGUUAUCGGAAAAUAGAAAGUUAUACUCAGAUCUGGUCGGUAUUUGCGGUAUUUCAAGAGCUAAUAACAGUUUUAUAAACGCUUAUAUAAUUUAAGCUAUUUUAUGUGUUGAAGUCUAUCCAUUGUGUGAAGUCCUGUAAUCAGUUUGUGCAAAUCUUCAUAAUUGUGUAUGCUCUUAACUGUUUAUAUUAACACUUCUGCUUUAUUCUGGGCAUCUUUUCCUUUUCCUUUCCAAACAGAAUGAGGCUCUAACUGAUUCAAAUUUCGAGGAACUUUUGAACAGUUCA